GUUCAACAAAAAAUCUCAACACUAUUAUCUAAACAUUUUUGUUCGUGGUAUAAAUAAAAAGUAUACACUUUUUAAAAAUAUUUUACCAUUUUAACUAUGACAAUAUAAAAAGUUGAAACAUCAUUUCAUUCAGUAUACUCGCAAAGACAAUUGUUUAUUAUGCGUAAAAAUAAUUUUGUUUGUAAACGUACCACAUUUAUCAUAAACACCCGCAGACUUUUUUUACGAAAUAUCACUCAAACAAUACCAAGGAUUGCUACUCAAAAUGAUUGGCCUAAAAGAAUAUUUAACCAUGCUACAAAUAAAUUAAAGACGUUACAUAAAAUAUGGUUAAAAAAAAAAUUCAAAAUUAAAACAAAUUCGAAAAGAAGAAAACAGAUUGAAAUAAAAUUAUUAGCUGAAACUUUAUUUAAAGAUAAAAAAUGUAGUUACAAUCAAAAUCAAACGCAAUUAUUCUUUUCAAACGAACGAUUGAGUUCUGCUGAAAAGCUCUUAAAGACUUUAUUUAUGCGAGUAAUUGAAAAAGAAAAAUAUAUAUAUGGAACCAGAUUAAUUAAAUUUGAUCGAAAAGGAUAUAAAAGAAGAACUCGAAUUUUAAUUCUAACAAACAAGAAUCUUUAUUUAAAUAAAAUUAAAAAAACCAAGUAUAAGAUUGUUGAUAAAAUACCACUUGUUUAUAUAAAUAAAUUUGACAUAACUUCAGGAAAAGAUAAUUUUUUACUAAUAAAAAUAUCUUCUAAUUAUAAACAAACUAAAGGUGAUUUAAUAUUAGAAAUUCCUUACUUAAUAGAAUUUGUUACACAAUUUGUAAGAAUAUCAAAAAAUGCUUCUAUAUUGAAUAUAAAUAGAAUUAAUGUUACUAAAAAAAUGACACAUAAUAUUAGAGGAUCAAAAAGUGGUACAAUCGAAUUUAAAGAAAAUACUAUAUCAAGCAUUUUAAAAGGAAAAAACCAAAAUCUCAUUGUUAGUGGAUAAAUUAACCUUGAAACUUAUAAAUGAUUUUGCUGAAAAAUAACAUAAACAAAAGAAUAUGUUGAUUUAUAAAUAGAAUAUGUUUCAAAAUGAUCAUAUUGACUACUAGAUAUAAUAGUCAUUGCCUUGGAUUUAUGAAAUUUUUUUAAUUUUGCAAAGCACCCAUUAUAAUACCAUUUUGAGAAAAAAAUGUCAUAUAGCUGAGUUAUAGAAGAUUUGCUUAUGAUUUUUUUUUUCAAUUAGUGCCUAGAUCCUAUAAAUGGUUCAAUCAGCUUUAGCCACAAAUUAUAUUUUAAUUUAAUAUAUUUGAUUAUUUUUUGAGUUUAUAAUUUAGUAAGACUUAGAGAAAAAUUUUUUUAAUAACUUACUUUAAAAAUAGCUAUGCUGUAAUCUUAAUAAUUAUUUUUAAUCAAAAUGUAUGUGUAAAUUGUUUAAGUA